UCAGAAGAACACAGUGUAACCUUGCUUUUAAGGAUAGCAUAGUUUUACCUGGAAAAGAGUGAACUCCCCUAUGAUGUUGUUGUUUUUGUUGUUGUAACAUUUGAGAUUUAACCCACUUUUUAAUCGUGAUGCAUACGUAAGACUCUCACACCUUCUGUUUUCUGUUGGAGAUAGACACUGACAUGACAAAACACGCUUCUUUCUUCCAAAUCAACCAUCUUUGACUAACCACUUAGGUUGUAUAAAUAAAUUGCCGAAUCCUUUGCUUCACUUCACUCUUUCUUUCUUUCUCUGCCUCUCAUACCUUAUUCUGCUUCCUUUUCUUUUCUCCAAAUGGAAAAGCUCCCUCAUUUACUAUGCAUUUUCCUGUUCAUUGCUUUGCUCUUUCACGGAGGAAAGGUUGCAGCUUUCAAAACCCAAGAUGGAUCAGAGGAAUGGGGAUACGUUCAAGUCAGACCCAAAGCACACAUGUUUUGGUGGCUUUACAGAAGUCCCUAUAGAGUGGAAGAUCCCUCGAAGCCAUGGCCAAUUGUUCUGUGGUUGCAAGGAGGACCUGGUGCUUCAGGGGUUGGAAUUGGAAAUUUUGAGGAGGUUGGGCCUUUGAACACAGAAUUGAAGCCACGGAAUUCCACAUGGUUGAAAAAAGCAGAUCUACUGUUUGUGGACAAUCCAGUUGGAACCGGGUACAGUUUUGUGGAGGACAAAAAACUGUUUGUGAAAACAGAUGAUGAAGCAGCCACCGACUUGACUACAUUGUUGAUUGAAUUGUUCAACAGGGAUGAGAAACUGCAGAAGAGCCCUCUGUUCAUCGUGGCAGAGUCAUAUGGUGGCAAAUUUGCUGUCACUCUCGGUUUAUCUGCUGUGAAAGCUAUAGAAGCUGGGAAAUUGAAGCUUAGACUUGGAGGUGUGGCAUUAGGAGACAGUUGGAUCUCCCCUGAAGAUUUUGUGUUCUCAUGGGGUCCUCUCCUUAAAGACCUCUCACGACUUGACGAUACUGGCCUGCAAAAAUCAAACAGUAUUGCUGAGAGGAUCAAGCAACAACUUGAGGAUGGUAAAUUUGUCGAAGCCACCGACUCAUGGAGUGAACUUGAAUCUGUGAUUUCCAUCGAGAGCAACCAUGUGGACUUCUACAAUUUAUUGGAGGAUGCAGGAAGUGAUGAUGUUGCAACAUUGGAAUUAGGGUUAUAUAAAAAAAUAUCAAUGAAGAGGUACUCCAGGUAUCUCACUUCCUUGAGGUCAAGGUCAAGAACUCCUGGUGGUGAAGUUGAUCUUGAUACAUUACUAAACGGUGUCAUAAAGAAAAAGUUAAAGAUCAUCCCAGAGAAUGUUACAUGGGGAGGGCAAUCUGGUGAAGUUUUCGAUUUCCUUUCAGGUGAUUUCAUGAAACCAAGAAUCAAUGAGGUUGAUGAACUGCUUGCCAAAGGGGUCAACGUGACAGUGUACAAUGGACAAGUUGAUCUGAUUUGUUCAACCAAAGGGACUGAUGCUUGGGUUCAUAAACUGAAGUGGGAAGGGCUUAAAAAUUUCUUGGCCAAAGAUAGAACACCCCUCUACUGUGGAAGUGACAAAUCAACAACCAAAGGCUUUGUUCAAUCAUAUAAAAAUCUAUUCUUCUAUUGGAUCCUCAAAGCUGGCCAUUUUGUACCCACUGAUCAACCUUGUGUGGCACUAAAGAUGGUGGGUGCAAUUACACAGUCACCAGCUACUUGACAUUUCCAUGGAAAAUAAAUAAUAAGAUUAGAGUUUGGAAGAUGGAGCAGGUACAACAAAAAAAACAAAUUAGAAUAGGAUAAAGCAUUGGAUUGCAAUAAAAAACACUCAUUUAACACUGAUGCUAUUCAUUGUUAAUUUGUUUUACCAUCUAA